AUGAAUUUGAGUGCCGAUCCUUGUGAGGAUUUCCAGAAUUUUGCAACUGGCCAGUUCGUAAAAAAGCAUGAGCAAGAUGAUUGCUAUUCUACCCAGUGCGCUAUCAACCACAGAUUCCAUGGUAAGCUUCGGAACCUGUUCGACCAGCUCAAGGACCGAGUCUUCAUCGACGAAAUUUCUGUGGAGGAGAAGGUGUGGCGUUACUACAACACCUGCCUCACGGCCCCCCAGAGCACUCGGUCGGCAAGGCACUACUUGGAGCUGGUUUCACCGGGUGGGAAUUUGACCUGGCCGUCAUUCGUUCCCCAAGGAAGUCAGUGGCCCAAGCAAGAGUUCCAGUGGCUGGAGUCCUUGGCAAUCUUGCGACGUUAUGGACUGGUGGACCCUUUGAUCAGGUUAAUAAUAAAGCCGAGUUUGACGGACAGUAACAAGUUCCGCUUAGGGCUUUUCGUUCCGCUAACCGAACAAUUAAUUGAUGUUUCUGAAGUAAAGGACCUGUUGACCAGCAUCGGAGUCAGCUCAAUCCGGGCAGGUCCACUGGCAAGGAGCAUAAUACAACUGGACUCUGAUGCUCAUAACCUGACCAAACUAGGAGAUGAUUUGGUAUAUGAAUACACCCUUGAAGACGUUCAGAAUCGUACGAAUCUACAGGUGGACAAGUACCUGCAGAUUGUCUUUGGCCGCUCCUUUGAUCCCAGUUUCGAAGUGGAGGUGGAUAAUAUAGAAUACCUGGAAGGUAUCAACGGGGUCGUAAGCAAGUACGACUCUGAAGUGGUGGCCAGUUACCUGAUGAUCCGGUUUCUUCGCUUUGUACUUUCCUUGGAAGGCAGUGGUUCAGAGAGCGAUCCCGCCAAAUGCGCAGUUGCCGUCGCAUCUCAAAUGGAACUAGCCAGCGAUCUGCUGUACGAGAACCAUUACCUGGGACACGGAAAGCUACAGAAGUACACCAAAGAAGCUCAGCGGAUCUUCGAAGCUGUUAGCCAUACUUUUAUGACCAGGUUGGAGGAGAACCACCUGCACCUGGCCGACAAUGAAACCGAUGCUCUGCAGCGAAAGCUGCUCGCCAUGACCGUGACAGUGGGCAAAGUGCCUAACAAUGUUAACCAUCGUCGCUUCGUCGCCAAUUUCUACGAAGAUCUGGAACUGGAAACAGAUCCGGAUUUCGCUAGGGCUCAGCUUGAAGUACUGAAGCACCGAUCGCGCCGAGUUCUAGAGCAAUUAAAUGGGCCUGUCCCCAAGGGAAGUGGCUACUUUCUGCUCACCGAUGAACUUCCGGGAGAUGACCCUACUCCAGAUUUCGACCUUAGUGGCAACACCAUCGUCUUGCCAUAUGCUAUGCUGCAGUACCCGUACUUUGUGCCUGAAAGUCAUGACGUUUUCAAGAUGAGCCUGUAUGGAUACUUACUAACUGGCGAAAUGAUGAAAUUCUUUAUGCCCACCAACAUAAUGUAUGACAGCCAAGGAAACUUUGUAGAAGGCCAAGACAUUUUCGAUGAAAACGAGAAAUAUAUCGACGAUAUCGACUGUUUAAAUAAAACUCACUCAAAUGACCUAGAUAAGCGAGCGAUUGAUGUGGAGAGCCUAAGACUAAUCUACGAUGCCUACUUCGGACCCCACUCCGAGUUCGAGAAUCAAACUGAAUUCACCAAAACACCGAUAAAGAAGCUGUUCCUUCUCGGCAUCGCCCAUCAUUUCGUGGGAAGAGAUGAGGAUUUGGAUUACGGUAAAGUUGACUCUGACACAUUGCGACUGGAGCAAGCGGUGAAAAAUCUUCCGGCUUUUGGGGAGAUCUUCAACUGCUCGACCUCCACUCGGCUGAAUCCGGAAGAAAAGUGCCAUCUCUGGUAA